GGUAUGCAUAAAGUGCUCAUUCAUUGCAUUGAAUCAGCGAUUUGUUUGAAUCGGCGAAGAGUUGGCCACACAUUAGGUGUCUAACCAACGGAUCCCAAGAGAUGACAGAAGCGUACGUUUUGCGAGCUGUGAUGCAGUGUCACGACGCGGACAUCCGGUGUGUCUGCGCCCUUCCGGGCGGUGGCUUUGUCACCGGUUCCCGCGACAAGACCUGCAAAGCCUAUCAGACCAAUGGCAAAAGCAAUGACUUUACAGAAGUGCAGAACCUGUUGGGCGCCCAGAACUACAUCUCAAGCGUUUGUUGUCUCCAUUCGGCCACAGAAACACUCAUUUAUGUCGGAAGUAAUGACUCAAACAUCUAUUGCUAUUCUCUGGAACACUCGGAACCGCUCCAUAGGCUUAUGGAUCACUCGGGAACUGUUUGCGCUUUGACUGCGAGUAAUGACAAAUCUCUUAUAGCGAGCGGUUCUUGGGAUCUGUCGUGUCGUGUAUGGAGUGAUAACAAGUGUAAAGCGGUUCUCGUUGGACACGAGGGGUCCGUUUGGGCGACCGGUUUUAUAGGCGAGUAUGUGAUCACCGGUUCGGCCGAUAAGACACUUAAACUAUGGAAGUUUGAGACGAAGAUUGAAUGCGUGGAAACAAUGAGAGGACACAAUGACUGCAUUCGAGGAAUUGCUGUCAUAUCGGACACGAAUUUCCUCUCGUGUUCUAACGACGCCUCCAUUCGGGAGUGGAAUCUAAAGGGAGAGACAAUCAGAGAGUUUGUCGGACACGAGAACUAUAUCUAUUCGGUUGCGAACAUAAUCUCUGGCCACGAGUUUGCGACCUGUGGUGAAGACCGAACGGUCAGGAUUUGGAAUAAUACGGAAUCCAUUUAUUCAGUUCAGACCAUUCGACUCCCGGAGACCACUCUUUGGUCACUCACCAGACUUUCAAACAGUGAUUUAGUGAUCGGCUCCUCAACAGGAAAGCUAUACAUCUAUACGCGCGACGAGUCUUUGGCGGCAAAGCCUGAAAAAUUGAAAGAAUUAGAGGAAGAGUUGGCUAAAGCGACGGUUCCUUUGGCCGAAAUCGGAGACAUGAAAGUGAAUGAUUUGCCCACUCCUGAGGCACUGCUGGCGCCGGGAAAGAGAGACGGACAGACGAAGAUGGUUAAGGACGGCAACAAAGUGACAGUUCAUAACUGGGACGCCAAGAAGUUUGAAUGGGUUAAGAUCGGCGAAGUGGUGGGCACUCCCGGCCCCGCCAACGAUGCAUCCAAACGGCAACUUCAUGACGGAGUGGAAUACGAUUACGUCUUCUCCAUAGAUGUAGAGGAAGGGAAGCCUCAGCUCAAACUGCCCUAUAAUCUAACACAAGAUCCGUGGACUGUAGCGCAGGAUUUCAUUCAUAAACACAAUUUGAGUCAAACAUAUUUGGAUGAAAUCGUGAAUUUCAUUACGAAAAAUUCGGAUCGGAAUUCGGGCCAAUUCUCUGGCGGACAAAAUUUGGAUCCUUUUACCGGUGGUUCCAGUUAUUCGACUCAACCGAACGGAUUGUCUCAACCGAUGGACACAUCCGAACCGACUGUUGUGGCGAAUGCUUAUUAUCCACAAAAGACUCAUCUGUUGUUUGAGUCGCAUAGCAUUGAAGGCAUCGCCAAGAAGUUGAAGGAAUUCAGUCAAGACUUACCACCGGAACUGAAACUCGAGAACAAAGAUAUUGAAUUGCUAUUAAAACUGUCAGAUUUUACACUUGAAGUACAGCCGCAACAGUUGAGACUCAUUCGGAUAAUGCUUGCGUGGCCUAAGAAUAAAAUAUUUCCGGCACUGGAUUUGAUUCGUUUAAGUCUAUUAUUGCCACAAAUAAACGAAGAUUUGUGCGCCUCUAAAGACUCGUUGCGAUUGAUUGACACUUUGCUUGUGUGCGGAACUGAUGCCAACUCGACUCCUAACCAAUUGGUUGCGUACAGAGCGUUGGCCAAUAUGUUUGCGCACACAGUCGGAGAGCAUUUGGCA